AUGUCACAGCCGAACAAGUAUGUGCUGUUGCCCCAGGAAGCCCACAAAUCCCAGGAAAGACCGAAUGCAGAUGAUGUCAUAGAAGAUGAUAUCCCACUACAAGAUCUUGCGGAAAUAGAUAAUCUUGAUUUCGAAAGUGGGUUACAGCAGGAGCCCGACCUCGAGUCGUUGCCAGAAAACCAGGAAGGAAGCGGGACUUCCAACAUGAAGAUGGCUUUCAUGAACAUGGCGAACUCUAUCCUCGGCGCUGGUAUCAUAGGUCAGCCCUUUGCAUUCAAAAAUAGUGGAGUUUUAGGAGGAACGCUUGUCAUGUUUUUCCUUACCGGUCUUAUUGACUGGACGUUACGGUUGAUUGUGGUCAAUGCCCAGCUAUCUCAAACCAGGUCUUAUCAAGACACCGUGUUCUACUGCUACGGCAAAUGGGGCAAAAUCCUCCUCCUAUUUUCCAUUAGCUCAUUUGCUUACGGUGGCUGUAUGGCAUUUUGUGUGAUUAUCGGUGACACCAUCCCUCACGUUCUUAAGUCUGCACUUCCAGAUUCAUGGACCGAUCCACUGACAUCGAUUGUGGGUUGGAUGUUCGGAAGAAACGUUAUCAUCACGAUAUUUACCGCUUGCAUAUCCUACCCAUUGUCACUCAACAGAGACAUAUCCAAACUCGCCAAGGCAUCCGGAUUCGCCCUUUUAGGUAUGAUUAUCAUUGUCAUCGUUACAGUCGCUCGUGGACCAUUGGUCGAUGAUUCCCUUAAAUCGUCAUUAUCGAAGGGACAGUGGUUUAUCAGCUUUAACAUUUUCCAAGGUAUCUCAGUCAUUUCGUUUGCACUUGUCUGUCACCACAACACAAUUUUCAUUUACAACUCAUUGAAAAAUGCCACGGUCUCUAAAUUUGCAAAGUUAACUCAUUGGGCAUGCGGAAUUUCGAUGUGCUUCUGCCUUCUUAUGGGAUUAUCUGGCUUAUUGAAUUUCGGAGACAAGACGAAGGGCAAUAUCCUCAAUAACUUCAAGAGCGAUGACACUUGGAUCAAUUUGGCUCGCUUUUGUUUUGGGUUGAACAUGUUGACCACUUUUCCAUUAGAACUUUUCGUUGUUCGAGAUGUUCUCAAAGACAUCGUAUUGGCAAGCAAAGUGGACCCCGACUCAGACGGAAGCACUGCUCAUCUAGAGCUUUCCAAGAAGCAGCAUUUUAUCAUCACAACGGUUCUUUGUUUUUCAUCCAUGGGGGUUGCUCUAUUGACUUGCAAUUUGGGCAUGAUUUUAGAACUCAUCGGAGCCACUUCAGCUUCUCUUAUGGCUUAUAUUAUUCCACCGUUGUGCUACUUGAAAUUAUCUUACGACAGACUCGAUUUUAAAAACGCUGACAAGAAGGAAAGAAUAAAGUUCUACCUUAAGAAGUGUUCCCCUAGCAUUGCGUGUACUAUAUUCGGUUUUGCUGUGAUGAUCAUAAGCUCCAUCAUGACUAUCCGUACCGGCUUGAGCAAUGAGGACGGUGGCUCUCAUUGUGACGUUGCAUAA